CCGACAAUUGUCGCGUUCCACGACUCACUUCUGUACCGCGAAGUUACCCAAAGCCAACUAGACCUCAACACUGUCGACACAACCCUGCAGCUUUGAACGAACAACACCCUCUCUCUUAUGGCUGAAUCUGUUGACCAAAAACCGACUGCGGGGAGCUCACUUCUUCCCGCAAGAUCAUGGCAGCAUUUCGUCGCUGGAGGUCUAGGAGGCAUGUGUGGAGCUAUCGUGACGAGUCCUUUCGAUGUUGUCAAGACGCGGCUCCAGUCAAGUCUAUUCCGUGAAAAGCAUGCGACCAUGGCAGUGGCUGGCGCAAAUAGUGCCGGUACAUUGUCUGCCCCAAGACCGGGUGGGGUUUUGUACAAUUUCGUGGAAACUGGGCAAAUUCUACGGGAUAUCUACCGAGAAGAGUCACCCCGUGCCCUUUUCCGAGGGCUAGGGCCAACCCUUGUUGGCGUCAUCCCGGCCCGAUCUAUCAACUUUUUCACCUACGGAAACGGCAAACAGAUUAUCGCAAAUCACUUCAACGAUGGCAAGGAAGCUACCUGGGUCCACCUUGUUGCAGCAGCUUGCGCUGGGGUCUCAAAUUUGCAAGGUAGCAGCGGCGAUCCCUUGGGUGGGAGCUGGAAGACUAUCAAGACGAUUAUGGCCGAAGAGGGUGUCCGUGGCUUCUAUAAGGGUCUUAGUGCCAGCUAUCUCGGCGUCACCGAGGGAACAAUACAAUGGGUCUUGUACGAGCGGCUAAAGCGGCUCAGCGCCAACUCCGAAAACAAGGGCGGGGUGAUGGAAUGGCUGGGUAUGCUGGGAAGCGCAGGAACCGCGAAAUGUGUUGCCAGUCUGAUCACGUAUCCUCAUGAGGUCAUUCGUACUCGACUACGACAACCCAAAGUCAAUGGCGUCAUGAAAUACACCGGUCUGGUUCAGACUCUUCGACUGGUCAUUGCCGAGGAAGGUGCUCGAAGACUUUACGGCGGGCUCAGUGCCCAUCUCAUGCGUGUUGUACCAAACGCAGCUGUGAUGUACUCGAUCUACGAGGGCAUUCUGCGCUGGGGUAACUAGAAUUCUCCUAUCUCCCUCCAAAAGUGGUCUGGUCAUGUAGACCUACUUACACCCCACCUCAUUUACGCCCUGUUAACAUCAGCUUUCUCCUGCACUACUUUUGACAUAGACGUAUACCCUUUAAAGCACA